GCUGCUAAACUGCUACAUGGGACAUCAGCAUUCUCCCGUUGUUUGGUUUAGGUGUUUUUUUUAUUUAUCAUACUGGUAAGAAUUGUAUUUUUGGACGAAGAGAUGCAGAUAGGAGGUUUGCAUCUCAGUUGUGAUGAAGCAUGCAGAGACAUUCUUCCCGGUAAAAGUAUUAACAUUCCUAAAAUGAUUUACUAAAUGUAAGCAAAUGAGCAUCUUACUUUGAGUUUUAAGUUUCAGCCCAAAAACAAUGUGGGAGACCGGUCUUACAGAAAGGGGCACUUUUAUGGGGAUUGAGAAGUUUCAAAAUCUGCAUUUCACUGUCGUGGCGAAGUAAUGCUACCUCCAGAUAUAAACAAUAGAGCCUCGUUUUUUGAGGAAAUAACAUCCUUUGUGAGCUCCAAAACACACUUUGAUGGAUGACAUGAACAGCCAGAGACUAUAAUUUCGAAGCAGAAUGAAAUCCUCAUCAGAUCAGCUUUGAAGGGGCUUCAAAAUCCCAGCAUGCUUAUUCUUCCAUUUCAUAUCUGUUAUUCUUGCAUUAGGGAGCCUUUAUCUAAGCAUGACGAAACUGUGAAGCAUUACAAAAUUCUGUAUGAUCUUCAUCCGAGAUAAAAACCCAGAAUGAGUCACGAGUGUGCGCCGCCCCAUCGCUGGCUUUCGAGUCGGUGCAAACAGGUUCUCUAUUCGCCCUCGUCUCCGCAGCGCUGGGUGGCCGGAGGCCCCGAGUCACUCUCACAUCCAUCACUCAUGCCUGGACACAGGGGGACAACCGGACAUGGCGCGGCGCCGAGAGAGGGUCAAUAUAAUUGUCUUGAGCCGUCCCAAAAGGACUUCCCAGACAACAGAACCGGUACCUUCUGUGGACCCAUGUGGGAUGGUUUAUUGUGCUGGGAUGAGGCUCCAGCUGGGACAUCGGUAACACAAAACUGUCCAGAUCACCCUGACCGGGACUCGACUGAGACAGUGACCAAAUAUUGUGCCGAAUUGGGUAACUGGGUUCAGACUGGGUCCACUUGUCAACCUGCUUCAAAGAACAAACCUGAGAAGGACGUUCCCUUGAAGGACGCUCCUGCACAGCCGGCCCCAGGGGUCACCGGGGUUAACACAGGGGUCACCGGGGUUAACACAGAAACCAGUGGUGUCGUGGAAAUAAUGAUCCUUGAGAAUGCAAAUAAAUGCUCAGAAAAGAUGAGGCAAGAUCCAUCUCAUAACAAAUCAGCUGACAGCGGGCUGUUCUGCAGUCGCAACUGGGACGGGUGGCUGUGCUGGGACGACACGCCAGCGGGAACCAACGCCUCCCAAAACUGCCCCAAUUAUUUUGGUGACCCUGACCCCACAGGGAAGGCGACCAAGUACUGUAAAGAAGACGGUGAGUGGUUUCGCCAUCCGGAGUCCCUUCAAAUCUGGACCAACUAUACGCUCUGCGCAACCACCCACGAGAAGAGACUGAGGAAACUGCAAACGUUUGAGAAGGAGCACUCUUGCCGCCAGAAGAUGAUUCGAGACCCACCUUUUAACAAAUCAGGGCGGCACUGCAGUCGUAACUGGGACGGCUGGCUGUGCUGGGACGACACUCCGGCGGGAACCCUUGCCUCCCAAAACUGUCCAGAUCAUCUUUUCAACUUUGACCCCACGGAAAAGGCCACUAAGUACUGUGGAGAGAACGGGCAGUGGUUUCAACAUCCAGAGAGCAAUAAGACUUGGACCAAUUAUACACUCUGUGCUGGCAACACCGAGGAGAGGUCGAAGGCAGCCACGCAGCUCUCAGGAGCCACUGAAGUCGAGUCCCCCGAUGAGGCCACGGUCGGCCCCGCGGUUAACCCGGAGGAACAAGAAAUCGUGACCAAGAAAAUCCUCGACAGCCAGUACAAAUGCUUUGAAAAAAUGAAUCGGGAUGUCCCUUAUAACAAGUCAGGGUUGCACUGCAGUCGUAACUGGGACGGCUGGCUCUGCUGGGACGACACCCCGGCGGGGGUUUACACCGCUCAGAACUGCCCCAACUAUUUCGUCGACUUCGACCCGACAGAAAAAGCUGCCAAGUACUGCGGGGAGGACGGGCAGUGGUUUCGCCACCCAGACACCAACAGGACUUGGUCCAACUACACACUCUGCAACGAAAACACUAAAGCAAAGUUGAAGUCAGCGUACAUCCUGUUUUACAUGGCAAUUGUAGGUCACGCCUUAUCCACAGCCUCCCUGCUCAUCUCUUUGGCCAUCUUCUUCUACUUCAGGAGUCUGAGCUGCCAAAGAAUCACCCUCCACAAGAACCUGUUCUGCUCCUACGUGCUCAAUUCGGCCCUCACCAUCAUCUACCUGGUGGCAGUGGUCAAUAAUCCUGAAGUGGUUGCCAGAAACCCGGUUGGCUGCAAAGUGUUGCACUUCUUCCACAUGUACAUGCUUGGUUGCAAUUAUUUCUGGAUGCUCUGUGAGGGCAUCUACCUGCACACGCUCAUCGUGGUGGCCGUGUUUGCAGAGGAGCAGCAUCUUCACUGGUACUACCUCCUGGGCUGGGGCUUUCCUCUCGUGCCGGCAUCCAUCCACGCCGUGGCAAGGAAAAAGUAUUUUGACGACAAUUGUUGGAUGAGUGUGGAAACCCAUCUGCUGUAUGCCGUACAUGGUCCCAUUAUGGCAGCGCUUCUUGUGAACCUCUUCUUCUUACUAAAUAUCAUUAGAGUGUUGGUGACCAAGCUGAGAGACACACACCGGGCAGAGUCCAAUAUGUACAUGAAGGCAGUGAGAGCCACCUUGAUCCUGGUGCCCCUGCUGGGAAUACAGUUUGUCAUUUUUCCCUGGAGGCCGGAGAACCGCCUGGUCGGCGAGGUCUACGAGUACAUCAUGCACAUCCUCAUGCACUACCAGGGAUUACUGGUGGCAACAAUAUUCUGUUUCUUCAACGGAGAGGUGCAAGCCACCCUGAAGAGACAGUGGAUGCAGUACAAAGCCCAGCUGGGUCAGAGAAGAAAGGACCACUGCUCCAUGCGCUCCACCUCCUACACGGCGACCUCCAUCACGGAGGAGCCCGCUUUCAUGUACCACCACGACUGCAACAGCGAACACUUGAACGGGCGCCGAGCGGAGGACUCUGAACUGGUGGCACUGAAGUUGGGGGACAUGUACGCGUGAGCCACCGAGCCCCGAGGGGGGAGAGGAUGAGGAGCGCG